AUGACAGAAAUUCCAACGACAUGUGUUGCUGCUGUCUAUUCAGAAAUAGAACCUGAACCACAAUUAAAAGAUAUAGAAAAAUUUAUGUGUGACCAUGGCGCAGAUCCAGUAUUAGAUGUUAGCUCGGAAGAUCUUGAAAGCAGAGUUGAAGCGAUCAUACGUGAAUUAAGACGUGUUCUCAAAGAUUCGUUUUUAGAAGGAGAAAUGGAAAUGUUUCUGAAUUCUGUAAUGAGUUUAAUAUUGAUUGUACCAGAAGAUAAACUAAAUCGGCCAGUGUUAAAUUUUUCAGAAGCUAUCGUCAAUGCAAAUUUACCCGAAAAAUACGGACCAAUGAAAAUUCGAGUAUUAACUAAUUUAAUUUAUGUUGUACCAGAACAUGCGAAUACAGAAAAAUAUCGUAUACUAAUUGAUUUAAUAAAAUGUGCACGAAACCAUCGAUGUAUCAACACCGUAUCAGUAGGAAUAAAUCAGGUAAAACUAUGGGUUAAGGAAUGGAAUGUUUCAAUUGAACAGAUUCAAGAACUCUAUCGAAAUAUGCAUGAAGCAUAUGCUGCCAUUGGUGACUCAACAAAUGCAUUACAGUUAUUACUCGAACUACUUGGUACCUAUACAAAAGAAACAGCUUCAAAAGCUCGUACAGAUGCAGUCAAAUGUAUUAUUAACAGUAUUAACGAUCCAAAUGUAUUCCUAAUGGAUCAUCUUCUGUUACUUGAACCAGUGAAAAUGCUCGAAGGAGAAAAUAUUCAUAACUUAUUAAAAAUUUUCGUUUUCAGUCGCUUACAAGAUUAUCUCGAGUUUUAUUCGAAACAAAAACCAUUUAUAGAAUCAUCAGGUGUUAAGCAUGAAAGAAAUCUGACCAAAAUGCGCCUAUUAACAUUCAUUCUAAUAGCUGAAAGCCAAAAGGAAUUAACAUUUGAUGCGAUUGAAAAAGAAAUGCAAAUAUCAGCCGAUGAUAUCGAAUCGUUUAUAAUCGAAGCCGUACGGACGAAAAUGAUACGAUGUAAAAUUGAUCAUCUUGCACGAAAAGUUAUCAUUGAUAAUACAGAACAACGUUCAUUUACAAAACAACAUUGGAUAUCAUUAAAGGAAAAACUUGAGGCAUGGAAAUUUAAUUUGACUAUGAUUAAUAGUCAUUUUCAUACAUUAGCCAACUGA